AUGUUAACGGUUGAUGUUCAAGCAAAUGAAGAUGACAAGUCAAAACUUGAGUCAUUUGAUAUCGUGGAUACAACCCCGUCCGUCCAGAUUGACAACAGCCAAACAAAUAAGUUGCUUUAUGGCGUUGAUGAUGUACCGCCCUGGUAUCUCUGCAUUUUUCUUGGCUUACAACAAUCUUUUACCGGAAUAGCAGGUGCAAUUGAAUUACCUAUAAUUCUUCAUGAAAGUGUUUGUAUGGGGGAUGAUACAGUUGGUCUCUCGGAGUGGAUUGGUACCGCUCUUUUUACAACUGGUCUGGCUACAAUGAUGCAGUCGUUUAUAGGUAUUCGAUUACCAAUUGUACAGGGAACCACUGUUGCUUUCUUGAUGCCCGUGUUUGCUCUGAUGUCUCAGCCGGAUUGGAAGUGUCCCACUAAUGUUACACAAGGAAUAGAGAAUUCUACAUUACCCAUUCCUGAAGUUGGCAAUGAGAAGCAUAGGGAAAUGUGGCAGACUCGCCUCAGUGUAGUGUCUGGAUCACUAAUGGUGGCGUCUCUUUUUCAAAUGAUCCUAGGUGUAACCGGAAUGAUUGGAUUUUUAUUGCGUUUUAUUGGACCAAUCACAAUAUGUGCUGUGACGUCAUCGAUAGGACUCUCGUUAUUUCCAUUAGCAGCUUCUUACUCAAGUGAACAAUGGUACAUUGCCCUGUCAGUAAUUUUCUUUGUUACCCUGUUCUCUCAAUUCUUGAAGAGGUGGAAGUUCUUCACUAUUUUUCCGGUUAUUUUAUCCAUUGGACUGGGGUGGCUAUUGUGUUUUGUGCUUACUUACACUGGGGUACUUACCGAUCAGAAGGAUGGCUGGGGUUAUACAGCGAGGACUGACAUUAAGUCGUCGGUUAUAUGGAAAACUAGCUGGAUUAGGAUUCCUUAUCCAGGUCAGUUCGGAUUGCCAAUGGUCAACAUCGCUGGUGUUUGCGGCAUGCUUGCAGGUGUUAUAGCGUCAGUGUUAGAAUCUGUUGGAGAUUACUACGCGUGCGCAAUGCAAACAGGGGCCGGGAGACCACCUUCGCAUGCCAUAAACAGAGGGGUCGCUGUCGAGGGUUUAGGGUGUUUCCUCUGUGGAUUGUGGGGUUCCGGUAUUGGCACGACAUCAUAUAGUGAAAACAUCGCUGCUAUAAACAUUACUCGGGUUGGAAGUAGAAGAGUGGUAUUAGUUGCGGGACUUAUUUUGGUGAUACUAGGAUGUCUUGGAAAAGUUUCAGCCAUCUUUGUUACUAUACCACAUCCUGUGUUGGGCGGUCUCUUUCAUGUUACAUUUGGUAUGGUGAUGACUGUCGGUCUGACGUAUCUUCAAUUUGUUGACAUGUCUUCACCAAGAAACAUUUUUGUAAUUGGGAUAGCUAUCUGUACUGGACAAACUAUACCCACGUGGCUUAAUCAGAACCAGUCAAGUAUUAAUACAGGUAGUCCAAUACUAGACCAGAUUAUCAGCGUUAUAUUGGGAACACACAUGUUUGUAGCUGGACUCAUCGCCUGCCUUCUAGAUAACAUUGUUCCUGGAACACAGCUUGAGCGGGGCUUCACUAGAUGGAAGAAGAGCACUGUGGCGUCAUUUGAUCACACAGGAUCCAGGACUGUUUAUGGCCUUCCAUACAUUCAGCAGUACUUAGACAGAUUUACCUGGCCCUCAUACAUCCCAGUGUGUCCUGCAUUCAAAGCGGAAAAAAAUCAAGACAUUUAAAAAUCGGAUUUCCUGCAUAAGAAAUAAACCAUCAAUAACUGUUAAUAUAUAUAUUUCUUUGUUUAUUUGGCGUUUCCUUAGGCUUCUCUUUCUUUGAUUAAUUUACAUAUGAAAAUCUGUUUAAUUAAUAGUACAGAAUGUAUGAAGAGACUUUUUUCAGAAUUUGAUUGUCCUUUGUAGGUUCAUUCAAAAUUUAUUAAGAAAUCUUUAUUGCAUUUUUCUUCAGCUAUCUAAUCACAAUGUAUUUUAAUUGAUAUAGAUAGGGCUAUGGAAUAAAGAAAAUAUAUACUUGCGUUCCACCAUACAA